UGACUCUGGUUUCCUGUCCAACACCAGCCUGACUCCGGCGCCGUGGGAGGACAGACCGAGUGCACAGGUCCGCAGCGAACUUUCUCAACACUUACAAGUCUGGGAAGGUGCUGUCCGUUCGUUCUUGGACUUUUCCGAACAAAGUUGCGGCGCUGCAGCUGAGGUUCGCAGCGAGCAGCUGCACAGACAAACUUCUCCACAUCUGGUCUGCCGCUGGAGGACGGGUCCAGCCGGAGAAAGCAGCUUUUAGGAGGCGGAGAGAAACAUCUCUGAUGGAAAACAAUGCUUUAAAUCGAGAGUUUGGAGCACUUCGAUGAGCCACAGGGAGAGCUGGAGUUUUUAAGAUUCGGGAUCCGGAUCGAGAGGACGUGGAAGGUCCUCGGGGAGAGAAGUCCACCUGGAGCGCUCAAAUAAUGAAUUAGCCGAAAGUGUGCAGCGCCGUGUCUCUGCCACAGACAAGGCUCACCUUUCGAGCCCUCGACCUUUUCCCACAAGAGUCGAGCUUACUCCCAUGGAUGAGGAGAGGAGUGCCGUUGCCAGCUCCCCAGAGCCACCUGAUGAAGGGGACCCAGUUCUCUCAGCUCUACAAACCAGCCCUCACACACCAUCCAACACAGAGAGGCCGAACAGCUCCUCCAACCCAAAUUCCUGUCUCAAUCCAGAUGUAACCAUCUAUACUGAACCCCUCAUAUUGAGGAUUAAAGGCACCCCAGAAGGAUCAGUGGAGGAUGACGGGGACAACACCAGGAGCAGUCUCAAGCACAUGGGGAUUGCAUCGCCCAGCAAGAGUAUCACAUCUCAGCCAUCAGCCAGAUCCAUGCCCAGCCACCACACGCAUCCAUGUCGGACACAGCCCAGCAACCAACACCGCAACGGAGCCAAGCAUCAUACGCACACACACAGCACUCACACACACUGUCCGCAUCACACGCACACACCUCACACACAUGGAGUCCAGUCCAACGGGGUGAGGAAUGGAGGUCCUCGUGAGCAUCCUAAGCUGGGAUCCCUCCCGAGAGGGGGCUCGUCCACAUCUUCAUCCUCUUCAGCAGGACCCAAACACACCAAGAAACUGCAUUCCAACCCCUCCAUUAAUUCCCAAAGCAGCAAGAGGAGCAAAAGCAGCUCCAAGAGCAACAGCUCCCAGAUCCCUACAGAGGCCCAGGAUGACUGCUGCGUUCACUGUAUCCUGGCCUGCCUCUUCUGUGAGUUCUUAACGCUCUGUAACAUCGUGCUGGAUUGUGCCACCUGCGGCUCCUGUGCGGGCGACGACUCAUGUUUCUGUUGCUGCUGUGUGUCGGAGGAGUGCGGCGACUGCGACCUGCCCUGUGACAUGGACUGCGGCAUCAUCGACGCCUGCUGCGAGUCUGCAGACUGCCUGGAGAUCUGUAUGGAGUGCUGCAGCCUUUGCUUCUCCUCCUAAGGCUUUAGCCACCACCACGACGGCGAAAUAGAUGUUCGCUACGCAUUCCCAUAGGAACAUGUCUGGCUAGCGUCCUCUUGAAGCUGCGAGGCACUGUGCCUAGCCUACCCACGCUUGGGCUCUGUGAUUCACCAUUUCCUGGCUGCCCUAUUUGUUGAUUCGUCAGUAUCUCCAAUGUUUUUAACAGGGUUUGUCGAUCAAAAAUAGCAACCUAUUGCUGAGAGCAGUCACUGGUGAAUUCUUCAUUCCUUUUUUGCUCAGAAGAUGGGCCAGUUGCCUCUCCUGCAUUGUCAGUUCCGUUGGUGCAUGGUUAAGCAGCUAAGCAGUGUGAUGCAGAGUGUGAUGCAGAGUGAGCUCCAGCUGUGGUUCGGUGGUGUCUGCCAGGCUGUGACGGUUGGGCCUCUGGACACUCACUGAAUGAGCUGAUUAUUACAAUGGAGCCCCUUGUGUCGUCUGAAUGACUGGAGUUCUCCAAGCAUGAAAAGUGACCUCCAAAGGCAAAUGAGAAAAUGGCUCCAUUUAACUGGAUUUAAUGCUUCUAUAGAUAAGAGCAGCAGCGUAAUGGAAAAAUGGGUGCUCAGAUCUCAGUACUCUGCCCUUCUGUCCUUGUCAAGGUGAAAGUCUUCCAGUUUGAUCACAUGUGGUCACUUCUGCUUAACACAUGGAUGUUUAAUCCAUCACUGUCUUUGUCCUUAUUUCAUUGUACUACAAUGUUAUAAAUAUGUAAAGCAUCAAAGGUGGCUUGUGGCAAUAUCUUCCUUUGAUAUUAUGCAUCUUAGAUUUUUACUUCUGUGCUGCUGCACGUCAUCAUCAAUUCAGACAGCGUACUGAAACCCUUACUGCAUCUAAUUAUUUAGAUAAUCAUUUAAUCUAACAUUUGUUACAACUGACAGUUCAUCAGCUAAUCAGGUAGUUGUGUAACAAUUAAUCAGAUAAUCUCAAUCAAAUACUAAUCUUUGUCC